AUGCUCUCGUGUUUAUGUUUCAACUCUCGACGAGAUUCCGUCGAUGUGGUCAAGAAGCAAGCUGACGAACAACCAUCACAAAAUGUCAAUUCAGACUCUGAUGAUCCUCGUAUUCCGCUGACGAUGAAGCAAAAAUUCGUUCUGACCAAAAACUGGAAAGGUAUCGCUCGAGAAGUAACUGAAGCUGGAGCGAAUAUGUUUGUCAAGUAA